AUGGCUACUUCUCGCUGCAUCUGCGACUCUGCGAGAUUCGUCGCCUCCAGAAUAUCCUGCAGAGCUCCCCGCCAGAGCUUGCUGCCACCCGCGUCCGCGAUAUCGUCCUCGUCCUCGCCCUUGCAAUUCCGCCCCGUCCAGCGCCAAUUGAGAUUCUACGCCGGUGCUUCGAAGCCCUACCGGGGCGGAAACAGAGGCCCGACCAGCGCCUCGUCUGGAAUCGCAGACGACAAGGACCGCGGCUAUGACCGGCGCUUCACGACGCAAAAGGACAUUGAGCGCUCCGGCCGCGACCGUCCGCCGUGGGACCACGAAAUCACCGACCCGCAGAUCAUGGUGAUUGACAAUGGCAGCGCCGAGGGGCCGCUCGCAACGCGCUACGUCCUGACCAAGCUCGAGGAGGGCGAGUCGCUGCGCAUGAUGACGCCGUACGUGCCCGCCAACGCGGAGAACAAUACCCCCGCGAAAUAUGCCGUCUGCAAGAUUGUCAACAAGCGCGACGAGUACGAGCGGUUGAAGCAGCUCAAGGAGAAGAAGAAGGUUGCCGUGGCGGGCAAGGCGAAGACAAAGGAGAUGGAGCUGACGUGGGCGAUUGGCGGGCACGAUUUGAGUACAAAGUUGCGGCAGAUGGGCGGGUUCUUGGGCAAGGGGAUGAAGGUGGAGUUGAUGAUUGGGAAGAAGAAGGGCGGGAGGGCGGUGGAGGCGGAGGAGGCCAAGGAUGUGUUGAAGAAGGUGAGGGAGGAGAUUGAGAGCCAGGGGGCGAGGGAGACGAAGAAGAUGGAGGGGCAGGUUGGGGGGACGGUGAGGUUGUAUUUGGAGGGGGUGAAGAGGUGA